CUUCCCUAAACCCUCAAAACCCUAACUGUAUAAAUCCACAAUUUCUCCGCCACAACCACCCUUUCUCGUACGCCUCCGUUACUUAUCUCAACUAAAAGUCUAAAACGCUAAAUCAUUACAACAACAGAGCCAUGGCCGAAGUCGAAAUCUCCCGUUCCGAGAAGAAAAGGCACAAGAAGAAAAGCGUACCGGAGUCCGACGACAAGGACACGGCUUCUGGUACGGAUACUGCCAACGCUGAUUUCAUGAUCAAGCCCCAGAGCUACACUCCUUCCCUCGACACAUCUCAGUGGCCUAUUCUCUUGAAGAACUACGACCGUCUUAAUGUUCGAACAGGGCAUUACACUCCUCUCCCCUCCGGUUGCUCCCCUCUCAAGCGUCCCCUCGCCGAGUACAUCAAGUACGGAAUCCUCAACCUCGACAAACCAGCGAACCCAUCUUCGCAUGAAGUCGUUGCCUGGAUCAAGCGCAUCCUCCGCGUCGAGAAGACCGGUCACAGUGGCACCCUUGAUCCUAAGGUAACUGGUAAUUUGAUUGUUUGCAUUGAUAGAGCUACCCGUCUUGUGAAAUCCCAACAGGGAGCGGGGAAAGAGUAUGUUUGUGUUGCUCGCUUGCAUUCCAAAGUUCCCGAUGUGGCAAAAGUAGCUAGAGCUCUUGAGACCCUAACUGGUGCUGUGUUUCAGAGGCCGCCUCUCAUUUCUGCUGUGAAGAGGCAGCUUAGGAUAAGGACUAUUUAUGAAAGUAAGUUGCUUGAGUACGACGCAGAUAGGCAUUUGGUUAUUUUUUGGAUUUCUUGUGAGGCAGGGACUUAUGUGAGGACCAUGUGUGUGCAUUUGGGUCUGAUUCUUGGGGUUGGUGGGCAUAUGCAGGAGUUGAGGAGAGUAAGGUCUGGAAUUUCGGGGGAGAAGGAUAACAUGGUUACUAUGCAUGAUGUGUUGGAUGCACAAUGGAUGUAUGAUAAUUACAGAGAUGAGACUUAUCUGAGGAGGGUGAUUAUGCCUUUGGAGGUUUUGUUGACAAGUUAUAAGAGGUUGGUUGUGAAGGACUCUGCUGUGAAUGCCAUUUGCUAUGGUGCUAAGCUGAUGAUCCCAGGUUUGUUGAGGUUUGAGAAUGAUAUUGAGGUUGGAGAAGAGAUUGUGCUGAUGACUACUAAGGGGGAGGCUAUUGCUUUGGGGAUUGCUGAGAUGACUACUGCCGUGAUGGCCACUUGUGAUCAUGGUGUUGUCUCUAAGAUCAAGAGAGUUGUUAUGGAUAGGGAUACUUAUCCCAGGAAGUGGGGAUUGGGACCAAGGGCAUCCAUGAAAAAAAAGUUGAUCACAGAAGGUAAAUUAGAUAAGCAUGGUAAACCUAAUGAGAGUACCCCACAAGAGUGGUUGAGGAGUGUGGUUUUGCCCACUGGUGGGGAUUCAUUGGUUGCAAGCCUUGCAGCUGCUGCUACGAAGGAGGAUGAAGGGGAGGGCCGCAAGCGCAAGUUGGAUGACAGUAAUGAUAGCCCUGCUAAAGUUCCAGCUAAGAAGGCUAAAAAAAACACUGAAGAAUUUGAGAAGGAAGAGAAACUGGAGGUGAAGAAGGAGGUGGGGAAUGUUGUGGUGGAAGUUGAAGUUGAAAAAUCAGAGAAGAAGAAGAAGAAAAAGAAGAAUAAAGAAGGUGAUAACGAGGAAAUAUUGAAGGUGCAGGAAACUGAGGUGAAGAAGGAGCUCAAAGAUAAGGACGAAGAUGGUUCUCCUGAGAAGUCUGAGAAGAAGAAAAAGAAGAAGAAAGACAAAAAAAAUGAGGAGCUCACAGCUGUGGUUAAUGGUAAUGAAGUUGAGGCUGAUAAAAGUGAGAAAAAGAAAAAGAAGAAGAAGAAGGACAAGGAUGCAGAUGAAUAAGUUUAAAGGUGUUGGUUUUCAGCUCACCAUGCUUUCCUGAAUUUUUAUGGCAUUUGAUGUUAGUACUUAAUUGUUAUUGUAAUAUUUUGAUGCCGUUUCACGGAGACCAUAUCUUCACAACUUAGGUCUGUAUCAUAGGUUGCUUUCUUUGUUAAACAAUUUUGGAUCAAUUUCUACAACCAUGUUCCUCAAA